AUGGAUGAAUCUACUUGGUCUGAUGAUGGCGUUCUCACAGAUGAUGUGGAUGCUCUUAUGUACGGAUCUGUGUGCGUGCUUCGUCCAUCGACACACGACACGUCCUCUGACCUGCUGACUGUAUACGAUACUCGGGAAGCAGCAUGGGAUCUAGAUCGCGAUGCCAUGGUUCUUGUGGCUGUUUUAUCUGGUGGUGACUAUGAUACGCACGGUCUCGUGCAUUGUGGCAUCAAGACUGCUGUGGCGCUAGCCCGAGCUGGAUUUGGCUCCGCGCUGACGUCGGCUUUUCGCACACACUUUCCCCCGCAGUGUGAUCCGAAGCAACUUGCAGCAUCGUCGCCGGCAUGGGAUACAUUUCUUGCUGCAUGGCGGCGUGAUAUGCGCACAGAGCUGCGGUCCAAUUCGCAUGGUCACCUCAGUAGAUGUCAGCCGAAACUAGCCGCCUCCAUCAACGACACAUUCUUAAGCACGACCAACGCACGUCGCUACCUUUUUGAUUACAUUUGGCCUCGCACGUCCGAGUACGAUGCAAUGCGCUCAGCAUCACUCGUGGCGAAACUGGCGCGCGUUCCUCCGUACGAACGAGUAGAUCUUCAUGCCCUGGCCCAAACCUUGCAGCAGUCGUUUCUGUGGACACCGAGCGCUGUGCUGGACAAGCUUGAGCGUCUCUUACUUGAUGGCGUGUACGUUCGUGAGCUCAUCGCUGCAGCAAACACGGACAAGCAAGUCAGCGCUCAAGAUGACGCGGAUGCCAAUAAGAGGCUGCAUGAAGGGACCUUGACUACCAGCUCUACUGCUUCCGCUAGUGUUUCCGUCGCUGCGAAAAGCGCACCCAAGCCUAUCGUGGACGAACUCAGCGUCAAGUUGGCUGCAAUGCAGGUCCAUGCAUUCAAAGCUUUUCCUGAGCCUUCCUUGCACAUGCGUGACAUCCACUCCAUGCGCACAAAGCAUGGUCGCUUAGAACUUCGUGUCUCAUACGAUGCUGACACAUUCGUCAAUGGCCUUGCCAAGGCUAUGCGUCUGCAGCACGCUUCGAGUGCAGCCAUCGUUCGGCGCGUAUGGCUGCCUGUGCCGCUUCUUCUCGCGCAAGGACAACAACUUUCAGAGCGUGUAAGAGCGUACCUGGCUGCUCGUAAGAGAUCGAAGUACCCUACAGAUCUCUCUUGGUGCGACAAGGGUCCAAGUUCCGUGCAUGCAACAGGCGAACGACAGACGCUACUCACAUCCUUCAUGACACAUGGUUCUUCCGCAAAAACAUGCACACCCAUUCAUGAGAAAAGCGUUGAUGACGAUUCUUGUGAAUUGAUCCGUGUCGUGUAUUCGGAUGUAAUUGUGCUGAGUGACUCAAGUGUGUCGUCGCCAUCGCUAUGA